CUUUUAUGUUAGCAGUAGUGACGGCUGCGCGCGCUGCGGUUCCCCUCGAGCGCAUCCGGCAUCAUGUCGGCGUCUGAGACCCCAUCAGAUGGGAGCUCUCCUCAAUCCAAACAGGAAGUGGAGCUGAUUCCGCCUGUAAAGGGAAAACAGAUGGAAGACGUGACGGGACGUCCCACCACAUCCACUAAAUCAUUCCUAGGCAGUGCUGGUAAAAGUGCCUCUCCCUCCACCUCGUCUCUCUCGUCGCUGUCAUCAGCGUCCGGCAGAGCUAAAAUGAGCGUCUGCGGUCCGAGCAGUAAGACGACUCCGCCCUCCUCCUCAUCUUCAUCACUCUCCUCAUCCUCAUCCUCCUCAGCUCUGUCUUCAGCCGGUCCUCCUGUUAAAGUCCACCGCGCACGCAAGACCAUGAACAGACCGCCGUUCCCACAGAUGAAGUCUGUCGAGUCGAUCGCAGCAGCUACACCCGAGAAACCCGUCAGCAGCGCGAAAACAGAAGCUGACGCAGUUGUGAAGAAGCGUAAAGUGGGUUUGGACUCUGAUGCUGCAGGAACUCCAGAGAAAGUCCCAACGCCGCAGACAGAGCCUGCACUUAACGUGUCUCCAGCGGUGGGGAAGGUGGAGCCAGUUGCCACGGUGACUAAAGAGCAUCACAGUGGUUGGCUGGAGGAUCUGGAUGAGGAGGCAGAUGAGGAAGAUUUCCACCUGCUCUACAACAGUUACUCUGGAGACGAUCUGAUUUACUCUGACAGCAAGUCAAAUGAUGGGAUGGUAGAGACGCUGGAGUCGGAGCAUCUGUCUGAUCAUAGCUCUGACUCCGAUCGGCCCCUCGCUGCUUAUAAGAAAACAUCUGCAGAGAGAGACGAGUCGACAUGGAAACGUCAGGGGAAGGGUAAAGGGAGAGACAGACCCCCCGCUGGAGGGCUGGAGACAGAUAAAGGUGUGGAAUCCGCAGUCACAGUCACAGUGGGCAGCACUGACUACACUGAGGUUCCUCUGGACUCACUGGACAUUUCUGCAGCGGACAGCCUCUCUCUGUCUCCACACGCAGAUGGCAGUGAUGCAGAAACGGAGCGUCUGGAGGAGCUUCCUCUGUGCAGCUGCAGGAUGGAGGCGCCGCGUGUGGACGGAUUCAGCGCUCGCUCCAACAGAACCUGCAUGGCCAUAGAGAGCAUCAACGGAGAGCUGGUGGGCUGCACCAAUGUGAUCGUGAAGGGGGAGACGAUGCGUCCGUCCAGCCGCGUGUCUCUAAUAGUGUUGUGUGAGACGCACCGUUCACACAUGGUGAAACAUCACUGCUGUCCGGGCUGUGGAUACUUCUGCCUCUCUGGAACGUUUCUUGAAUGUUGUCCAGACGUUCACAUUGCUCACCGCUUCCACCGGGGCUGUGUGUCUGUGCUGGGCAGUGGGCAGAGUCGAGGAGGAGUGGGCGUCGGCCUGCUAUUCUGCCCUCACUGCGGUGAGGACGCGUCAGAGGCGCGUGAAGUCACCAUCCCUCCUGCAGCGCCCUCUUCAGGCUUGAACGUGGUCACUGCAAGCGCGUCGUCCACCACAACCACACCCUCGCUACUUCCCUCCGCGCUUGCUGCCACAUCACGAGCGCUAAACCACGAGAAGAAGAUGGGCGAGCCGAUCAAUGCAAGGAUGCGAUGUCGUGGAGAUGUAAGAAAGGGGGCGGAGCUGCAAACUCAGCAGGCCAAUGCCACUCCAGGAGAGGAUGUGGUUGCCCUGGGCGACGGCGGGGUGGACAGUGUGGGACCGUCGCUCGUCCUGCCCAAUGGGAAGCCAGUCUGUCCCAGUGCACUUCCGCCGGGAGACAAGAGGGCGGCGCUACAGAGAGCCAUUCUCACACAGGACACUGAGAGGAGGAAGAAGCUGCGCUUUCAUCCCCGUCAGCUCUAUCCUGCAGCCAAACAGGGUGAAGCUCAGCGAGUUCUGCUCAUGCUCAUGGAGGGCAUCGACCCGUCGUAUCAGUCGGACUCUCAGAACAGACGCUGUGCUCUUCACGCAGCCGCUCAGAGGGGUCUGCUGGAGGUCUGUUACCUGCUCAUACAGGCAGGCGCUAAGGUGGACGCCCAGGAUAAGACCCUGAGGACCCCUCUGUUAGAGGCCAUAGUGAACAAUCAUGUGGAGGUGGUGAAAUACCUGAUCCAGAGCGGAGCCUGCGUCUAUCAUGCAGAAGAGGACGGAUCUACAGGUCUUCAUCACGCUGCUAAACUGGGGAACCUGGAGGUGCUGAUGCUGUUACUGAGCACCGGACAGGUGGACUUAAACGCACAGGAUAGUGGCGGUUGGACGCCCAUCAUCUGGGCGGCAGAACAUCGACAUAUAGACGUGAUCAGAGCUCUGCUCAACAGAGGAGCCGACGUCACGCUCAGAGACAAAGAGAUGAACGUUUGUCUGCACUGGGCGUCGUUCGCGGGCAGCGCUGAGAUAGCGGAGCUGGUCCUGAAUGCCGGCUGUCCUCUGUCGUCCGUUAACCUGCACGGAGACACGCCGCUGCACAUCGCCGCUCGCGAGGGCUACACCGACUGCGUCACGCUGUUUCUUUCUCGAGGCGCUGACAUUGACAUUAUGAAUAAGGAGGGCGACACGCCGCUCUCUCUCGCCCGCUGUGAAACGCCCGUCUGGGUGGCGCUACAGAUUAACAGGAAGUUGCGUCGGGGAAUCUCCAAUCGUGUUGUACGGACAGAGAGGAUCAUAUGCAGUGACGUCGCUCAGGGUUAUGAGAAUGUUCCCAUCCCGUGUGUUAACGGCGUGGACGAUGAAGGCUGUCCGUCUGACUACAAAUACAUCGCAGAGAACUGUGAAACAUCCACCAUGAACAUCGACCGCAACAUCACACACCUGCAGCACUGCAGCUGUACAGACGACUGUUCCUCCAGUAACUGUCUCUGCGGGCAGCUCAGCAUCCGCUGCUGGUAUGACAAGGAUCAUCGCCUCCUUCAGGAGUUUAAUAAAAUCGAGCCGCCUCUGAUCUUCGAGUGCAACAUGGCCUGUUCCUGCCAUAAAUCCUGCAAGAACCGAGUGGUUCAAGCUGGAAUCAAGGUGCGUCUGCAGCUCUACCGGACGGAGAAGAUGGGAUGGGGCGUCAGAGCGCUUCAGGACAUUCCUCAAGGAAGUUUCAUCUGCGAGUAUGUUGGCGAGCUGAUCUCUGACGCAGAAGCAGACGUGAGGGAGGACGAUUCGUACCUCUUUGAUCUGGACAACAAGGAUGGUGAAGUGUACUGUAUUGACGCCCGUUACUACGGUAACAUCAGCCGCUUUAUAAACCAUCUGUGUGACCCCAACAUCAUCCCCGUACGUGUGUUCAUGCUGCACCAGGACCUGCGCUUCCCUCGCAUCGCCUUCUUCAGCUCCAGAGACAUUUUCACCGGACAGGAGCUCGGGUUUGAUUACGGCGAUCGUUUCUGGGACAUCAAGAGCAAGUACUUCACCUGUCAGUGCGGCUCAGAGAAAUGCAAACAUUCGGCGGAGGCCAUCGCACUGGAGCAGAGCCGGCUGGCCCGUCUGGAAGUCUGUCCCGAAACGGCCGGUGAAGCCGGACUCCCUGUGUUGGGACACUCGUGCUGAGACCCUGUGUCUAAUGCACACAUGUACAGCUCUCAAACGUGUGCUUGCGUACGAUUAUCACAGAGAAGGUUGUGUUUGCAUUAUCAAAUGAUUCAUUUCUUCCAUCUGACAGGACACAGGAAACUAUCAAAUGACACAGCGGCCUAAAGUUCAUCACACGCAAAUGCCGUUUCAAAAUACCACCAGGAAGUGACAUUCAAAUUCAAGGCUAUCAUUUCUGCUCGGAUCAGGAGGGAAAAUGUUAAAAAACCUGUGAUUUCAUGCAAAGAUCAUGUCAUCAGAUCACAAACAGUCCCACUUUUUCAUUACAAAUU